AUGGUGCCUCCAGUCAAGCGCAAGAGGAACGACCGUCCUUACCAGCAAGACCCCAAUGACAAUAGCAGGCCCUCGCCCCACCGGCCACAUAACCUGAACCUCGCGCAGCAAACCCAGUACAACAAUGGUGCGGGCAGAGGUAGAGGUGGCCGUCGCGACAGCAGAGGAGGCGGUCGCAGUGGACAGAUGGCAAGUCCUGCCAGCGCGCACUCGCCAUCAGCAUCCCGGGCUAGCCCGAACAUACCCAAGCCCGCAGACCCACCCUCACCCUCGCCGUCGCCCGCUGCGACAAGACCUCCUUCAGCCCAGAAUGCGCCUGCUCCCGCGCCCGCACAGUCGGAGCGCCCUCACGCUCAACACGCGCCGGCACCGCCCGCGCCGAAGCCCUCGAGACCGUUCCACUACCAAUAUGUCACUGACGAAAACAAGGCGGCAUGGCGGACGACGGGCAGGAAAGCGGUCGUCGAAUUUGCGACCAAGGCACAAGAGGCAGGAGACAUUAUGGCUUUGAGCAUUGUUUUCCAAGAGUUGCUAAGAGCUGGGCUGGAUAGUAGGAUAGAGGUCUCGGAUGCCGGCCAGGUUGUGAAGGAAGUCCUGGCUGCGGCCGGAGAUGGGGCUUCAGAAUCUGCGUCUCUGUUCCUCGACAAUGUCUCUAUCCUCAGCGAGGCUGAUGGAGCAAAUCCUGCUCUACGCACCGUCAUGAUCGCCGCCGAGAUUCCAGCCGCGCAAAUAAGGGAAGAGUUGGAAGUUCCGCUGUUGACGAACUUGGGCUUUGUCCGCAGCACCUUCUUCAAGAUGGGCACUCGUCAUGCGACAAAUCAGCUUUACCGCCAGUCCAACUACAACCUGCUCCGCGAAGAGACCGAAGGCUACUCAAAACUAAUGACCGAAUACUUCACAACGACAAACAGCGGACCGCCCACCGGAGAAUUAGCGGAAGAUACUUUUCAGAGGGUCAAGGCGCUCAUUGGUGCCUUUGACCUUGAUGUCGGCCGUGUUCUGGAUGUUACCCUGGAUGUCUUUGCCAAUCUGCUCGUCAAGCAUUACCGUUUUUUCAUCAAGUUCUUGCGUGUCAGCUCAUGGUGGCCGGAGGAAAAGGGAUUUGAAGGUUUGGAAUGGGAAAGCCUUGGUCUCGACUCGCUGCCACCAUGGGCUCUACCGGAUUCCCCCGCGUGGAUGUCGUCUGAAGAAGAUAAGGAGAGGCUUACAGUCGCACGCGAAGCCAGAGACCGGAAAUUCUGGGACCGGGUGCGGGAGGUCGGCUAUGAAGCUUUCUUCGAACUGGGAGGCCGCCGCAUCAUCAAGGGCGACGUGAAACUCCCAGACGCCGAAAGCCAGGAGGCUAUCACCGAUGCUGCCAAGGCCAAGAAGGCCGCUGAGAGGACAGAACAAGAAUUUAACCGGGAAUGGAUGGCUACAACCAAGACGUUGCCCCCUCCCGGCAACCGCGUGGCUGCGCAGCUUCUAGGCUUCAAACUUCGUUUCUAUGCUUCCUCCGCACGAGACGUUAACGACACUCUUCCCGAAAACCUCAUCGCACUUGCCGCCCUACUUAUCAAGAUUGGAUUUAUCUCUUUGCGUGAUUUAUAUCCGCACCUCUAUCCGCUGGACGAAAACAUGGGAGAGGUGAAAGAAAAAUUGGAAAAAGAAAGAAUUGAACGGGAAAAGAAGAACCGACCAGGUGGAGGUGCACUCAAUGCGCUGGCAGCCGCUGGCGCUCUGGCCGAUGAUACCGUUCCGAUGUCAGCGCCGUCGCGGCUCCGAGAGGCUGAGGCUAGCCGAUCAUCUUCUGCGAAGCCCGAGGAGAAGGGCACCACCCCUAAGGCGGAAGAAGGAGAGAAGGAGAAGCUUCCGGAGCCCGCAGACCAAAAGAUUGCACUCCUAAAGAGCCUUCUCACCAUCGGCGCAAUUCCCGAAUCCUUGUACAUUUUGGGCAAAUUUCCUUGGCUGAUGGAUCUACAACCGGAUUUGCCCACAUACCUCCAUCGGAUUCUCAAGCAGUGCCUGAGUAAGGUCUACGAUCGCUUGCAACCUCUGGCAGACCGUGAAUCCAUCAGGGUCGCGAAAAAGAUUGUUUCCGACCAACCCGGUGCAGUCAAGAGGGAGGUUAACCUCGUGGAAGCGCCUCCUAGGAGACUUCUUCGCUGGGCUCAACUGGACAAGUCCGACGCAGGUGAAAACAACACAGACUACAAAUUCUACUGGGAAGACUGGGACGACAAUGUACCCGUGUGCCAGACCGUCGAUGAUGUUUUCUUGAUGUGCAGCACUCUUCUCAAUCACUCGGGCGUCAAAAUUGGACAGGAUCCAACCUUGCUCAUAAAAUUGGCACGGAUAGGCAAGUGGAGUUGGACGGAUGACGAAUCGGAAGAGAACCAUGCUCGUUGGAUCGAUCUUUGCAAGAGGCUCCUGGUGCCGGCGCUCAGUUUGACCAAGGCCAACCCCGGCGUCGUUAACGAGGUUUACGAUCUUCUCAAACUAUUCCCAACUGCUACUCGGUAUAUCAUCUACGCCGAGUGGUACACUGGACAAAUUUCGCGCCUCCCCGACAUAAAAUCCGCUUUCGACCAAGCCCGAGCAGAGACGAAGGAUGUCUUGAAGCGUAUCAGUAAGACGAACACCAAGCAGAUGGCCCGAGCUCUCGCCAAAGUCGCCUUCUCAUCUCCGGGUAUCGUCUUCAGCGUCGCUCUCAAUCAGAUUGAGUCCUACGAAAACCUAGUGGAGGUUGUCGUGGAGUGUGCCCGCUACUUCACCUACCUCGGCUACGACGUCUUGACCUGGACUUUGAUGAGUUCACUUGGCGGCCGUGGCCGUGGCAUGACCCAAGCUGACGGCAUGCUCACUAGCCCUUGGUUACGGGCUCUGUCACUCUUUGCUGGUCGCGUCUUUAAGCGGUACACGUUCUUGAACGCCACGCCAAUUCUGCAAUAUGUUGCACACCAGCUUCGCACCGGCAACUCAACCGCCUUGGAAGUCCUUGAGCAGAUUGUCACGUCCAUGGCAGGCAUCAGGUCUGACAUGAAUUUCAACGAAUGGCAGACCCUGGCCAUGGCUGGUGGUGAGCAUCUUCGGACAAGGAUGUUGGAGCAGAUUCAAGACAAGCGUCAUGAGUCAAAAACUUCGUCGAAGCGCCUUAUGAAAGCUUUGUCCGAGGGUAAUCUCACGGCACAACUGCUCAUUGCAAUUGCCCAAGAGAGGCGGCUGUAUCCCCACUCUGAAGACGCUCAGAACGCACCACUCAAGGUCCUCGGUACCAAUCUUGAUAAGCUCCACGAAGUGUUCUUCCAGUACCUUGACGUUUUGAGGACGAACCUCUCCGUCAAGGAUUUCGAUGCUGCUGUCCCGGAUGUUGCGUCUCUUAUGUCAGAAUUCGGACUUGAACCUCAAAUCGCGUUCGCCGUUGUACGACCGAGCAUCUCACACGCCGUUGCUGAGGUUGACGCAGCCGUGAAAGAGGCUGCUGCAAAAGAAGCAGCUGCCAAGACCGCGGAACAGGACAAGCCGAAGGAAGAUAAACCGACAGCAAGUGACGACGUCGAAAUGGCCGAUGCUAGUGCAAACGGCGCUUCUGAGGCCAAUGGGCCUGUGGUCGAGUCCACUGAGGCCGAGUCAUCUGAAAACAAGGAUACUCCUGGCAGGGAAGAAGAUGAUACCACUAAGGAGCCUGGCGCAGGGGCCGAUGCUACACCUGGAGGAGAUUCAACGCCAUCUCCAGCAUCCACUGCUCCCUGGGAUUGGCAUCCUGUCAUCAAGGAACUUAUGGAGAAGAUCAGGCCAACUUUGCCUUCUGACUUUGAGGCUAACAUGAGUCUACCCUUCUACACCACCUUCUGGCAACUUGCGCUACAAGACCUACACGUACCUUCACAAUGUUACAUCGAAGAAUCCAAGAGGUUAACAGACAAGGGUAAGGCCAUGAUGCAUGAUCGGUCUGACGUCAGCGCGCAAGGUAAGGCCAAGAAAGAUGCGAAGCAGAAGGAACUAAACGACUUGUCAGAGGCUCUCACGAAGGAGUACCAGCAUCAAAUUGCAGCAAACACGGUCGUUCGUAAUCGCUUAAGGGAUGAAAAGAACCACUGGUUUGCCCAGCACCCUCUAGCCGGCACGGCAGCCCUCCACGACACUCUUGUCCAGGAAUGCUUCUUGCCGCGCAUUCUCACGUCACCACUUGAUGCUCAUUACGCUUACAAGAUGCUGCUCUGGCUACAUUCACAAGGCACGCCUGGCUUCCGUACCAUGUAUCUCAUCGACCGCAUCAUGAAGGAGAAGCAGCUUACUUCUCUUAUCUUCAUGUGCACUGCUCGGGAAGCGGAGAACCUCGGCCGCUUCCUCAAUGAGCUCCUCAAGGAGUUGCGCCGUUGGCACGCCGAAUCCUCGGUCUAUGAGAAGCUGGCCUACGGCACGAAGAAGGACCUCCCUGGUUUCGCGAGAAAGUUCAAACCCGACAGUGACUACACGCCUGAAACGUUUUUGACUUACGAGGACUUCCGCCGUCUCCUCUACAAGUGGCAUGCACAACUCAAUGGAGCUCUCAAGGCUUGCUUCACAGGUGGGGAAUAUAUGCACAUUCGCAAUGCCAUUAACAUCCUCAAGUUCGUGCAUCAAAACUUCCCGGUCGUCAACUGGAUGGGCAAAGCACAGCUUGAGUGUGUGCAAAAUCUGUCAAAGACUGAAACGAGAGAGGAUCUCAAGCUUGCCGGCACUUCUCUCAUUGGUGAUCUCAAGAAGAGGGAAAGCCAAUGGUUAUUGCCGCAAGCCUUCCGGCUGGCCGAUCCGAACGCGACCCAACCAAAACCUGGCAGUAGAGCGGCGACCGAGGGACCAAACGGUACUCCGACGCCAGUCUCUAGUCAAGCAAAACAGCUCAACGCCUCAGCACCCGAAUUCCAACCUUCCGGGACUGCUACGGUCAAUAUCUCGACAACCGGAGGCAUGGAUGCAGAAGAUGGUGAGAUUGACGACUCGGAUACCCACAGGAACAGAUUGACGGUUUCUGUAGCGGCGGGAGAAGAAGACCAAACGAGAUCUGGAGAUGCUACAAAAUCCUCCAGCGCAUCCGAAACAAAGGCUUCGACGCCUAUUCCAGGCGCUCCUACCUCCCUACCAAGCAGAGGCGGACCAGACUCAAAACCUCCAACACCCGCCCCUCAGAACACCUUCCACCGUCCGGAACCCAAUCGCAACCAGUCGAUGGGCAGCCGUGCUCCGCAUGCUUUGCCCAACAGGCCCGAGCCUCUUGGCAGGGGCCGCAUGUCUGAUCGCACUAUGGACCGCCCUCCCCGGCACGACAAUCGCGGACCUCCGGAAUAUGGCAGACUUGAUCGUCCUGGUGAUAUUCCUCGUGACGACUUCAACGACAGACGCGAUCAACCUCCUAAUCGCCGUGACCGCGGUAGGAGCCCAGCUGGCGCGGAGAGACCAUCCCGGGACAUUGACCGUCGCGAAACUCAAUGGCAAGGUGGAAGGGAAGCUUGGGAACAUCCUGAUGAGAGAGGCAGACCACUGCCGCGCGAUACUAGACAGGGUGGUCGGCCGCCGCAGUGGGAGGGCCCCCGCGGCCAGCCUACAUUCGAUCCAUUGGUUGAUAGGGGACGUGGCCGGCCUUUUGACUCGCCAAACCAAAUUCCAACUGGAGAAGGUCGCUAUCAGAACUCCAUGCCACCACCCACUACCGGACCAUACCAACAUGCCGAGCGGAGCAGCAGGCCUCCUUUGGCGGUCAAUCCAGAGCGUGCGGCUUUGAUCGAGGGCGACAUGCGCCGUCCGAACUCAGAAAACUUUAGGACCGAGAGGGAUAACCGCCGGGACAGAGGUUCAAGGCCUCACUCGCCAAGGCGUGAAGAGCGUCCGUCAGAUUUUCCGCCUCGGGGCGACUACCGCGAUGAGCGUGGCCCUCCCGAACGCCCACCGCUCAACUAUCCUCCGAGUGGCUCGGGACGUGAUCGCCGCGAUGACCCCAACUCUAUUCCACCGACUGGGCCACGCAGCGACCGCCCUGGUAGAAAUGACUAUGCAAGCGGACCGAGUGGAGGCCGCGGUCGCGAACUCUUUGAGCCUGGCCCGCUUCGGGCCCCACCAACAGACCCUAACCAUGGCCGACUCAACCAGGACUUCCUUCCGUCACGUCCGCAAGACCCGGGAUAUGGUCGCCUGAACGGCCCGGGCGAUGUUCCCUCCGGCCCUCGUGGUAGAGGCGCAUCAAGACAAGGCGGUCGUGGCUUCCUGUCUGGUCCCGGCGACUCUGGCCAGAGAGGCUCUGUUCCUCAAUCUCCUCUGAGCGAUCGUGGUGCGCCAACCGGACCUAACGCUGAGCGGAGAGAGUACCGCGAACCUCAGUCCUUUGACUACGGCCCCCAGAGCUCAGCAAAUGACCAGGGUCCUGACACUUCCACUGUUCACCCUAGCCGCUUAAGCCAUAUCUCUGGCUCGCGCGAUAUGCCUGCUCCAUCUACAGCUGCGUCAUCGUUCCCUCCGCCUUCGGGCCCACGUGGCUCUCGCCAAUCAGGCGGGGGCGCGACAGCGCCUUCUCCCGGUCGCAACCCUCCGACUGGGCCAGCCUCCUCAGACCGUAGACAAGAACCUGACAAGCGCUUUGCUGGCAUCCAAAACAUGUUGCAGCAGGGUGGCAGCCCGUCACCUUACGAGCGCAGUGGCGAGCGCGGCGCAUCGAUCCGUGGCAGGGCAGCUAGAGGCGGCCCGAGCAGCACGGCAAGCCCGGCCGCCAGCGCACCCGGCACUCCAAUCCCGAGCCACUUCGACGCAUCUUCGCGCGGUGGUGACCGGCCAGACCUGAUGGCUGACGAACAGCGCGGCAGCCGCAGGGAGCGACGUGGCGACGGAGAGAGGCGGCGUCAUCGCUCUAGCAGCCGUGACCGCGACAACAGAGAAGGCGGUAGCGGCCGUGAGCGUCCACCAAGGACAGACGAAGGGCGCGAGCCUCGCGAACCGCGUGAAGCCCGCGAGCCCCGUGAACCACGGGAGUCACGCGACAAGCGCUCCGGGCCGGGUGAUCGCGAGGGACGCGAGCCGCGGGAGUCGGGGCGGCGCAGCAAUCGCGAUGACCGCGAGCGUGAGCCCCAUGGCCAUGGUAGCAACAGCGGCGGGCAUCACCGCGAAGGCGGCCGGCGCGGCGGUAAUGGACCCCGUGAUCCGAUGGCCGGUGGUGAUGACUUUUCGAUGCCGAUGCCGCCGCCGCAUGGGCAGAACCAGCCGGGCGGCGGUGGAGGAUCGUCUUCGCGGCGUGGUGGUAACAGCAACAUGAUGGACGAGUAUGGUGGCGGUGGCGGUGGAGCCCAGGGGCAAAUGAACGGCGAGCAGCAUGGCGGUGGAGGAAUGAUGAUGCGGGGGAGCGGAGGGCGCGACAGGCGCGAGGGUGGCGGCGGCAGUGGCAGAGAGCCGCGCGAGCCGAGGGAGCAACGCGAGAGUAGAGAUGGCAGAAAAAGGGGACGGACCGGCGAUGUGGAUGGCGGGCAGCACGGAGAGAAUAAGCGGCCGAGGAGGGGAGGCGGGGAGCGCAGUGGGAGGGAGCACCAGGGCACGUAG